AGUCCUUCCCUUUGACGACUUUAGAAAGCACUGGACAAAACCGGAGGUGGAGGGCAGUAGGAAAGAGGAAUGCCACCACGCCUCUGUGCUUGAUAAUCGACGAUAGGUUAGACGCCCACGCUCUGCACUGGAAAAUGGCUGCUUUCACCGUUUCGUCUCCGUCGCCAGCUCCAUUAUCUCUCCCAAAAUUCUCCAAGUUUGCCACUUCCAGUCAUGCUUCAGCACUUUCCUUAUAUUCCGUUUCCAACUCCGCUUUUUUAUUUUCAUCCGAAACCCUUCGAUACAGACCCUUACCUAAAAAUCGGCGUCACAGCGCCGUUGUUUUUGCUCUGAAGAAGCUAUCAGAGACUGAGUUGGUGGUCGUUUCGUUUGAAUCUGAAGGAUUAGUCCCCUCCGAUUCCGGUGUUUACGCCAUUUACGACGGGAACGGUGACCUUCAAUAUGUCGGCAUAACACGGAAUCUCUCCGCUAGUAUUCUCGCGCAUAAGAAGUCUGUUCCAGAGCUGUGUUCAUCUGUCAAGGUUGGAGUGGUAGAGGAGCCUGAUAAAGAUGCUUUAACUGAGGCAUGGAAGACAUGGUUACAAGAGCAUAUAGCAGCUACAGGCAAGAUUCCACCAGGCAACGAAUCAGGAAACACCACAUGGGUAAAGAAGGCACCUAGUAAGAAAUCCGACCUGAGGUUAACGCCAGGCCGCCAUGUCCAAUUAACAGUACCUCUGGAAGAUCUCAUUGAUAGACUGGUGAAAGAAAACAAAGUGGUGGCAUUCAUCAAAGGAUCGCGGAGUGCCCCGAUGUGUGGAUUCUCACAAAGGGUCGUGGCUAUUCUUGAAAGCCAAGGGGUAGAUUAUGAGAGUGUGGAUGUACUGGAUGAAGAGUAUAACAAUGGGUUGAGAGAGACAUUGAAGAAGUACAGCAACUGGCCUACAUUUCCUCAAGUUUUCCUUAACGGUGAACUGGUCGGUGGCUGUGAUAUACUGACUUCAAUGUAUGAGAAGGGUGAGGUUGCUACCUUGUUUAAACAGUAGAGUUUUUUAGUUUACUAGUUUUGAUCAUAUUGGGAUGCAUUCAUGGGGGCUUUGUUUUAUUGUUCUGGUUGCCUAGCCGUGCCACGGGUACUCAUUAUCGGUUGAAGAGGAUUACAGGCUUAAAGUGAAAUAUAUUGCUAUUCUAUUUUGAUUGUCA